AUGUCGCCCACUUCGGCCAUCGUUCCACUCUCGCUCUUCUUGGUGAGUGUGAGCCCCAUCGCAGCUGAUCUCGAGCCUCUCGAGGAUGGCUGCUUGUUGCAGAAAACCAACGGUCCAUUGAUCCCAGUAGCUGAUGGUGACCCCAUCUCGGUUGUUGGUGACCCGCACAUCACUACUUUGGAUGGCAAGCACUACACUCUUCUCAGCCAGGGUACCUUUUCCCUCUGGCAUUUCUCAGGCCUGGAGACGGAGUUGCAUUCAGAGGUUGGCACCAAGAAACUCCCAAUCGAUUGGCAAGUGUACGUGCACUAUUCGGGGCACCAGUCCUUCACGAAGGGCUUGCUUCUGAUCGACAAGUCAGGAGGAUCCAUCCGACAAGUGCUUGAGAUCACUUCACAGGACUGCAAGUGGAAAGCACGGAAAGGAAACGGAGACUGGAAAGUGGUCGACAAUGACAAUGCAGAGCUCUCCAUCCCAGAUGGUAAGGACUACGUGACAGGCUUCGACCUCGGCACCACGGGUCCUCGCGGUCAUGGUCUGGCACUGCCGUGCACAUCGACAGUGCCGGCACUGCGCUGCUUUGGAGCAGUGGAUCCACCAGGUUCCUACGAAGAAGCUUUCUUCUCCCAGCGUCAGGAUGUUAUCUCUCGCCGAAGCGAUCGAUUGGAAGUGCUGCCACAAAGUUGUACGCAAGUUUGCGCGUCGGAAAGCUGGCACUGGUUGCCCAUGGAACGCCAUUGGCUCAAGAAAUCCUGCCCAAACACCAAGUCGAUUCGACGCACUCGUGAUUUCAAUCAUCUCGCAAUGUUGCCCAUGUCGGCCAUGUCGGCCAUCGUUCCACUCUCGCUCUUCUUGGUGAGUGUGAACCCCGUCGCAGCUGAACUCGAGCCUCUCGAGGAUGGCUGCUUGUUGCAGAAAACCAAGGAGCAACAACUUUUGGUCAAGGAGGAGCAACGACGUCAUACUCAGACUCCUGGCUAUGAAUAUGUGUGCGGUAGCGGAUCCCGCCUGGAGACGGAGUUGCAUUCAGAGGUUGGCACCAAGAAACUCCCAAUCGAUUGGCAAGUGUACGUGCACUAUUCGGGGCACCAGUCCUUCACGAAGGGCUUGCUUCUGAUCGACAAGUCAGGAGGAUCCAUCCGACAAGUGCUUGAGAUCACUUCACAGGACUGCAAGUGGAAAGCGCGGAAAGGAAACGGAGACUGGAAAGUGGUCGACAAUGCAGAGCUCAUCUCCAUCCCAGAUGGCAAGGACUCUGUGACAGGCUUCGACCUCGGCACCACGGGUCCUCGCGGUCAUGGUGGCCAUGGCUUUCCCAACCGUGUUCGCUUCAACAUGAAGACCAAGAAUGGCAAGUCGGACAUAGCAGCCAUGAGUCUCAGUUGCAGACCAAGCCACAACAUGAAUCUCCAAAUCUCAAUGAAACGCCAGAGCGACCAGCAGUUCGUGGAUGGCGAGUUGAAGGUCGCACGCAAGUCGCUGUCUACGCUGCAGACGUCGACCGACUCUGACUUCAGAGUGGGCAGCAAGUGGCAAGAGCUCGGCGGAAGUGAACAAGCAGCCUCGUACUUUCAGCUAGUUGACACAAACCAAACAUCCAGUUCCUCGUUCCAAUCGCAAGACUGCGGAGAUGCUGAAAAAGGCUUGGCGAAAGAGACUUGUUCCAAGCACUUGGGGGAGGCGCAUGGCACGUAUUUGUUUGAAGAUUGCAUUUAUGAUGUUUGCCAGGGCGCUGGCGAGACGCAAGCAGAACUUGCUGCAGAGCUUCUCGCUGUGACCAAAGCUGAUUAG